AUGUCUUGUUUUCGGUUGCUAUGUGAGGAAGCUGAUAUAAGAUGUGGAGCUGAUGAGAUGGCUGUCACCCAGUUAUUACCUAAUUAUAAUGUUUAUUCUGAAUUAGCUGCCACUAGUACAGUCCUACCUACAGGUCGUGCUGCUCUACAGAAAAGAAUUAUGGCGCUAUUAAGAAAAAUAGAAGUUUCUACUUCUGGUAAUUCACAGGUAAGUAACAAAUCUUUAUUUAUGAAUUUGUAUCAGUAA